AUGAAGGGCGUCUCUACGACUAUCGGCGUCUUUCUAGCGCUCGUUGACCAGAGCCGUGCGAAUCUCGACAUCAUCACCCUCAAUACCAAGGGUGAUACGUGGAUUCAGGAGGCCAGCGCUACACUAGUUCUGGGAGAUGUACCUAACCCAAUGGCAGGUGACGUUGCCUUGUGGAGUGCCAUCAUGAUGGAUAAGAGGGACUUCCUCCAGGGAGUCACUGAGAAUGCGCUUAACAGUCCAUAUUGCCCUAACCUCGGUAGUAAAUGGUGUAACUUCGCGUAUACCCUCGUAGGCUCCCGGAACGCCAAGAACGGUGCACCAGUCAGCGCCGCACCCGGGUCUCGAAUUAAGACGCAUUACAAGUUGAAUCCUGAUACGGAUUUAUGGGACCAGAAUCUCUAUGUAGACGAUAAGUUAUUGUCCAGCAUCUCGACAAGCCAAGGACAGCAUGGAGUAAUAUUCUACAUCUCGAUCGAAUGUGCAGCAGGCACAUGUUCCCCUGCCCCGGCACACGCCUGGGAAGAUAUUUCUAUCACGCUUAGCAAGGCAGAUCCAAGCUUUAAACAUAGUGGUGCCUGGCAGUACAAAGCAAUCGGCGGAGAAAUGUCGAGUGCGGAUAAUGGAAAGACUUGGAACUUCACCACACUUCGUAUCCCCGAUAUACCAAUUACGGGUUAA